AUGGUUGACUCUGCUCAUGAAUGGCUACGCAGCGGCGAUAUCAACCUGAAGGGCCCACUGGCCGGGGUUCCCAUUAGCUUGAAGGAUAAUAUCGCAGUCGGCGGGUUCGACACAACCGUCGGAUACAGUAGCUUCGUCGGCAACAAGAACCCGCAGGAUGGUGCCAUGGUCAGGCUCUUGAAGGAUGCUGGAGCAGUACCCUACGUUAAAACCAAUGUGCCAAUCACCCUUCUCAGUUUCGAAUCGACAAAUGAUGUCUGGGGGAGGUGCACAAACCCCCACAAUAGCAAGUUCUCCCCUGGCGGAUCGACUGGGGGGGAAGCGGCCUUGCUGGCUCUGGGGGGGCGAAUCGGCAUUGGUAGCGAUGUUGCCGGGAGCGUACGUGUUCCUGCCCACUUCUCGGGUAUUUACACUCUUCGCUGCUCGACAGGGAGGUGGCCGAAGCACGGGAUGUGCACGAGCAUGCCGGGUCAGGAAGGAGUUCCCAGCGUAUUUAGUCCCAUGGCGAGGACUGUCAACGACCUCCGCUACUUCACCAAGUCAUUGAUAGAUAUGGAGCCGUGGAAAUACGACUGCACAGUCCACCCACUCCCAUGGCGGCAGGAUAUCUGGGAGGAGUAUCGCGGGAAGAAGACACUCCGCGUGGGGAUCAUGCGGACUGACAAUGUCGUUGAUCCAAGCCCAGCCUGUAGGCGAGCUUUGGAAACCACAGAGGCCGCUCUUCGGAAAGCGGGCCACAUUAUCAUCGAAAUCAACCCUCCCUCUCCCUACGAGGCUCUUUAUCUGGGAGCUCACCUUCUCAAUGCGGAUGGAUGUCAGACUUUCAAGAGAUUCUUCAGUCCUGGGGAAUGGGAGGAUACUGGUGCCCGUCAGAUGAGCUUUUUGAUGGAGCUGCCGAGGCCAUUGAAGUAUCUCUAUUAUCUGUGGGUCAAGUAUGUUCGGAGGGAUGCUAUCUGGGCCGACCUGGUAAGGGAUUGGCGGCCCAAGAGUGCCGUAGAAAGCUGGCAGCUCGUCUCGAAGCGCGAAGCUUACCGAAUGAAAUGGUUUGAGUGGUGGAAUGAUGCGAACAUCGACAUCCUCCUUACUCCCCCAAACGCAACCCCGUCAGUUCCGCACGAUGGUAUGAAACAAGCCGUGAGCAGCUGCGGCUAUACGUUCCUGUUUAAUGUGCUCGACUACACAUCCUCUGUGUUGCCCGUUUUGAAGGUCGACAAGGAUCUAGACAAGCUCCCUGCCAAUUUCAGUCUGAAGGGUCUAAAUGGAGUGGCUCAGGGUGCGUACAGAUUGUAUGAUGCAAACGCGAUGGACGGACUGCCUGUCGGGGUACAGAUAGUAGGCAGGAGGCUUGAGGAGGAGAAGAUUUUGGCCAUCACGGAGGUUGUAGAGGACGCUCUCCACCAGCACGGCACACACUACCGGCAGCUAAGCCCGUCGGACUGA